ACUGAAUCCCAACGCUGAAGAUUCUGUCUCCUCCCCUUCCCUCCACUCCCCCAGCCCUGUUCCUGGCUUCAAAUCCCAGAUUCAGAUCCUGGCUCUGCCACUUACCAGCUGUGUGACCUCUGGCAAGUGGCCCCACCUCUCUGUGCCUCAGUUUUCUCAACUGCAGAAGGAGCAUAAUAGGAGUACCUCAGGGCGAGUGUGAGGAUUAAAUGAGUCAACAGAUCCAAAGAGCUCAGAACAGUGUCAGGUACAAAGAAACCACUCAGAACAUUUCUUAUUAUAUUAUGAAAAUUGUUACUGGUUUUUUUGUUUGUUUGUUUGUUUGUUUGUCUUUUAUGACGGUUAUUGCCUAACGGAGCCCUCCCCCUUCAUCCUUCCCACCCUCAGUAGAGGGCCAGGCAGGGACCCAGCAGGAAAUUGUGGGGAACCAUGGUCUUUAGGCUGGCCUCCCUCAUUCCCCUAAAAUCAGGCUCCAGGGCCUGGAGGAGGCCUCAGAGCUGACUCACUCCCAGGGGGAGGAGAGUUGUUUUCUGAAUCACUUCCUGUCCCCUCAUAGCCCUCUGCCCCAAACUGGGUGCAGCCCCCACUUGGCACAGACAUGAAAAACUGGGCCCCCUUUGACUUCCCGAGGACCCAGGGCCUUCUCUGGGCCUCAGGAUCCCAGUGAAACUGGCCUCAUCAAAUGUGCCCACCUGAAGUGACCUACUGGGGCUUGGCUUGGCAGUGGAGACAAUCCCCUCUCCCUCCCAAGGAUUCCUUCCAGCAGUCUCCUCAUCUGUAAAAUGGGCAUUAAGUAGUACCUCCCUGGGGUGGGGGUGGGGGUUGUCCAGAGAUUUACAUAAGUAUAGUGCCUGGGACUCCAACACCCUAGUUAUUCUUAUUACCAUUGUUGCUAUUGGCACUAAUAUUUACAGCAUGCACGAAGCUUCUACAGGCCCUCUCAGAGCCUAAGAACUCACACUGACCUGGCCUGGAAGCCGUUGCCGGCGUCCAGCUGCCAACUUUCUGCCUGGAUCUGGCUCCUCAUUUCUCCGGCCUUCCCAGACCAAAGCCCUCAGGGUAUGUAACAGCCAUGCCUGUGGACACACUGACUCCGGGAGCCCGGGACACCCCUGCCCUACCUUUCCGCCUGCGGACCAAAGUCCCCGGCUACCUGCUACGGCGGCCAGCAGAUGGUGGAGCCCGGAAACCCAGUGCUGUGGAGCGCCUGGAGGCUGACAAGGCCAAGUACGUCAAGAGCCUGCAUGUGGCCAACACCCGCCAGGAACCUGUGCAGCCCCUGCUGUCCAAACAGCCACUCUUCAGCCCUGGGACUCGCCGCACGGUGCUCACGCCUAGCCGCCGAGUCCUGCCUGGCCCUGGCCGCCGGCCCCAGCUGGACUUGGACAUCCUUAGCAGCCUUAUCGACUUGUGUGAUAGUCCCGCGUCCCCUGCCGAGGCCGGCCGUACCCCUGGACGGACAGAGGGAGCCCACCAGGCGCCCCCAGCCACCCCCCCACGCCCACCACCCAGUACAGCUGCGGUUCGCCGAGUGGAUGUCCGUCCCCUGCCUGCCUCACCUGCCCAGCCCUGCCCAUCGCCAGGCACUACCACUGCCUCCAGCCCGGCCCGCCCCCCGGGUUUGCAGCGCUCCAAGUCGGAUUUGAGUGAGCGUUUCUCGCGGGCAGCGGCCGACCUUGAGCGAUUUUUUAACUUCUGCGGCCUGGACCCGGAGGAGGCAAGGGGGCUGGGAGUGGCCCACCUGGCGCGGGCUAGCUCAGACAUCGUGUCCCUGGCCGGGCCCAGCGCUGGGCCCGGCAGCUCUGAGGGGGACUGCUCCCGCCGCAGCUCUGCCACUGUUGAGGAGCGGGCGCGGGAGCGGGAGCGCGUCCCCUAUGGCGUGUCGGUGGUAGAGCGUAACGCCCGCGUGAUCAAGUGGCUGUACGGGUUGCGGCAAGCGCGCGAUACCCCAGCAGCUGAGGGCUAGGCUUCCACGGGACGCCGCAUUUGCCACAGACAGAUCUUAGAGAGGCAACUGGCCCCUUGACCUCUUCUGCAUCCAUUCGCGGGCUUGGGGCAGACCGGAGGCUGCUGCCUUGUGUGAACUUGGUGUGGAGGCGGAGCCUCAGAGGCGGGACCAGCAUCCACCUGGCAAGGACUGACUCUGGAGAGAGUUGCCUCUUGACCUUGGGCCACCCUCUGCCCUUCACAUGUAGAGGUUUUGACAUGAGUCCUACUUGGCUCUUAUUGUGGGUUUGGAUUUGGGGCACUUAGCCUUCUCUACCGAGAGUGAGGGGCCAAAGGAUCUUACUAGGCCUAGCGGUUCUGUUUCCUUCUUCCUUGGUCUCUGACGUUUGCUGACUUCCUCUUCCUCUCCCAGGGGGCCCUGGUUCCCUGGGAACUUACUCUGGGUGGGGGCAGGGCCUUGGCAGCCUGGCCUAGGUGGGUAGACUACAGGAGGGACUGAUAGGAGUCUGUACUGCUCUGACUCCCCCCCCACCCCCCCUUUGGUUAAUAAACACACAUGCUUGUUUUUCAAA